AUGUCUUCCUCCAGCAGUCUCCUGUCUGAAGAUCAGCUCCAGUGCUCUAUCUGUCUGGAUGUGUUCACUGAUCCAGUCUCUACUUCAUGUGGACACAACUUCUGCAUGGUCUGUCUCAAAGAGUGCUGGGACAGCAGUUCACGCUGCCAGUGUCCAGUUUGUAAGGCAGAAUUCCCUACAAGACCUGAACUGUCUGUGAACACCUUCAUCUCUGGACUGGCUGCUCAGUUCAAGAAGUCAGUUCAGGUUAAAUCCAGCAGCGCUUUAGAAAAACACCCAUCUAACCCUACAAAGGUUCUGUGUAACUACUGCACAGAUGAACAGCUGGAGGCUGUAAAGUCCUGUCUGGACUGUGGAGUAUCUUACUGUGAGACUCAUCUGAUGCCUCAUAAAACUGCAGCUAAACUCAAGAAACACAAACUGAUGGACCCUGUGGAGAACCUGGAGGACUACAUCUGCCAGAAACACGAGAGACCCCUGGAGCUGUUCUGUAGAGACGACCAGACGUGUGUGUGUCAGUUCUGCACUGAGACAGACCACAAGACUCACAGCACUGUUCCUGUAGAGGAGGAGAUUAAAGUGAAGAAGAUUCAAAUGGGAACAACACAAGUAGAAGUUCAGCAGAUGAUCCAGGACCGACUGAAGAAGAUUGAGGAAAUCAGUCACUCUGUUCAACUCAAUAAUCAAAACAUAGAGAAGGAGAAAGCAGACAGUGUGGAGGUCUUCAGAGCUCUGCUGCGCUGCAUUGAGAAAAGCCAGGCGGAGCUGCUUGAGGUGAUGGAGGAGAAGCAGAAAGCAGCAGAGAGGCAGGCUGAAGAGUUCAUUAAAGAGCUGGAGCAGGAAAUCACUGAGCUAAAGAGGAGAGACACUGAGCUGGAGCAGCUCUCCCACACUGAGGACCACCUCCACCUCCUACAGGUUUACCCGUCCCUCUGCAGCCCUCCACACACCAAGAACUGGACUGAGGUCAGGAUUAACGCUCAUCUGAGGGUGGAGACUCUGAGGAGAGCUCUGUCUCAGCUUCAGGAAGAGCUCAGUAAAGAGAUGGAGAAGGCUUUUGUGAUUGAACUGAAGAGGAUUCAGCGGUAUGCAGUGGAUGUGACUCCGGAUCCUGAUUCAGCUCAUCCUAACAUCAUCCUAUCUUAUGAUAGAAAACAAGUGAGACUUGGAAAAAUACAACAGGAUCUCCCUGAAAACCCAGAGAGGUUUGAUCGUUGUCUGGGUGUUCUGGGAAAGGAGGGGUUCUCCUCAGGGAGAUUUUACUAUGAGGUUCAGGUCAAAGGGAAGACUGGCUGGGAUUUAGGAGUGACCACAGAGUCCAGUAAGAGGAAGGGGGAGAUUACACUGAGUCCUGAGGAUGGAUACUGGACUGUGAUUCUGAGAAAUGAGACUGAAUAUAAAGCUCUGGACUCUUCCAUGAUCCCCCUCUCCCUGAAACAGGCUCCCCAGAAGGUGGGGGUGUUUGUGGAUUAUGAGGAGGGUCUGGUCUCCUUCUAUGAUGUUAAGGCCAAUUCUCACAUCUACUCUUUCACUGGUCAGUCUUUCACUGAGAAACUCUAUCCAUACCUAAGUCCCUCUCUAAUCAAUUAUGGAGGUAGAAACUCAGGACCGCUGAUCAUCACACCUGUUAAAACUUCAUAGAUGAGACAAAUGCCUCCCUUCAGAACUUUUUAUGUCAGAAAAUAUUUCAGGAUGUAAAUAAAAGCAUAUUUCUGAAAAUCCUUAAAUACAUUACAGAAUAAUUGGUUGAAUAAAUGAAGUAAUGCAUUAACAAAGUAGCCAAUGAAUGAAUAAACCUGGACUAGUUUGUUGUAUCUGUACGUCAGCUGUACAGUGUUGUACUGUUUACUACAUUUUACUUUAUUUUUAUAAGUGCAGAAUGUCAGCUUCUAUUUGAUUGAUGAACCUUGUGGUAAUCCAAGCGCUUAAAGCUAUUUAGUUCUUUAUCUUUUUAAAGUGUGACUUCAAGUCAAGCUUCAAGUUUCCAUUAAAUUAUUAAAAAAUGUAAUUUGAGGAAGUUCUACAGUAAUAUCUAUAAAAGAAUAAUAUAAAUUAUCCGCUACUUGCAGAAGCAAAGGGGGCGCUGAGUUAAACACAAUCAUCCUGAGAAGUUCUGCUGAUUCCAUUAGUUUUGACAGAUCUGUUGACUGAAAUAAACACAUAAAAGAUAUUCUGAAUUUAAAACUCAUAUGAGAUCUACCUUCCUGAGUAUCAGCUGGUUCUGAGGUUCCUUUAGUGGUUCUGUGGUUUGGAACAGACAAGCAGAGGUGCAUGCACCAGCUGCUUUAACAGGAAGAUCAUUGUAUUACUGAGUAGGUUCCCCCUUUGCUUUCAGAAGACUGUGGUUUUUGGUGGCAUGGGUUCAACAAGGUGCUGGAAAUGUUCCUUAGAGAUCUGUUUCAUGUUGACCUGAUGGCUUCAUGUCAUUUCUGCAGAUUUAUUAGCUGCAAAUUCUGCACAUGCUGUGAACCUCUUAAAGGUACUCUAUUAGAUUCAGAUGUGGUGACUGUGGAAGUCAUUUCACUUAACCUACUUACUGUCAUGUUUAUGGAAAAAUUCCUGAAGCUUUUUUUUAUUUGUUCUCUUUGUAUGUAAAAGCUUAAAGUUAUAUUUGUUUGUGGCAUGAUGUACAUCAGAAAUGUACUCCAAAUGGUAAUAAAUCACCAAGGCGUUUGAUGACC